GAUUAGUAUAGCACCACACUUUCUUAAUCGAAUUGAAACUUCUCUAGACUCUAGCUAGUUAGUUCUCUCUUCAUUUUAUUUCCUUUCUUUCUAGCUCAAAAAUGGCCACUACAUUCGUUUCGGAGAGCCCGUGCAUGAACGGCGGUGAUGAAAUUGACAAAGUUGACUUUUCUCAAAUCGACGGCUGUGACAACCUUCUUAAGUCAUUGCUUGAUGAUACCCCGGGCGUGGCGGAGAAAUUCGAUGAUGAAAGAUUGAAGGGUGUUAUCCGAUCUUUGGAGGACGAAAUAGUCAACGUGGGCGGCAGCGGUUUAUUUGAGAGUGGUCAACGGAGAACUAUAGCAUGCCUACCGUCCGAUGCGGGUCAACUUGACGGUCAAGAUUUUCCGGAAUUGAACGGUCUAGAUCUGUCAUGGAUGGGUAUGGUAGACAUCGAAAUGGAACCUCUGUUUCCCACACAAGUUGAUGGCAUCAACGUCUCGGAUUUGGAACAAUAUUGCGAAUAUGAUCAGAUGGACGGCGUGGAUGAAGAAGAAUAUUGCAAUAAUGGAUUUAAAAUUGAGGACAUAAGUUGUUAUUAUGAUUAUCUUUGGUAAACAAAUGCCUCUUAAUUAUCAUCUCAUUUGAGGCCAAGGUAGCCGUGCUAUGAACAUUUUCCAUAAAUAGGCAUUUCCUCAAUCCAUGCAACAUAAAAAUGUACAAACGUACUGACGAUAAAAAACGAGGGUAAAUAUGGAAGAGAUUGCUUGCCUUUUUCAAUAAAUAAUACGGAGUAAAUAAAUAGGUCUUUUUAUUUCUAUAUUACUAAAAUGAAUGAGAAAAAACAUAAACGUGACGUG